AGAUUGUUAAAAUUUGACUAUAUAUAGGCUAAAUGUAAGAGCGAGAUUUGUCGAUUAUUCUUGGAUAUACUUCAAUUAUAGACAGGAAAAAGACCGAAACAACAAAAAUGCCGAUCGUAUCUGAUAUGGUCAGAAUGUAUUCUCAUUCACAAUCGAAACCCGGAUCAGGUGCAACUGGCGAAGGUCGAAGAUGGCCUCCUGUGGCUACACCAAGCGCUGGGAACAAACCACCACCUAUGACUCCAAAACCUAAACCUUUUUUAGGCAAUCAGCAGGGUGGUAGACCAAGUACCGCUCCCAGGCCAUUUCACAGUAAUGAAAACACGCCGUCAUCAGAUGGAAAUAUUCCUCAGUGGAAACUAGACCUACAGAAACGUAAAGGGUCGGGUCCUAGUAUCACCGACGAAGCCCCUAAACAAGAAAAUGGCUGGAAGAAGAAUUCAUAUGGAAACGAAAACGUAAGCCACGCAGGACAGGAAAACAAACCACAAUGGAAAAUUGAUUCAGAACGCACCAAACCUGGCAACGACAAGCCCAAACCGCCAUCUUGGAAACCACCGGGAGCUACUUCUACACCUAAGCCAACUUCAUCUUGGCUUAAUCGGAACCAAGAAUCGAAUAACGAGGAAUCCAACAUAAGCAAGCCAAAUCCACCUUGGGGGAAGCCAUCUUCAAAUCCACCAAAUAGGCCUAAUUUGCCCAACAAGGGCCCACCCCCUUUUAAACCUCCAGUUACCAACAAACCUAAACCUACGACCCCGUGGAGCGAAAGAAAUAAAUUUACAAAUAGCAAUAAUGCUGAGACAGAUUUUCCUCCCCCACCGCCCCCUCAGGAAGAAUCCCCUCGUAAUUCUUUCGCAGACUCAAACACUCUCGCAGCGAGGAGAGCAACUCCCCAAAAUAAAUCAUUUUCUUAUAACACAAUGCCGCCUAAACCAACCAUCGAAAAAUCUUCAGGUUCUUUUGGGAGUUCAACAUCACCCAAAACAGCAAGGAAAGAAUAUGAACCUCCAGUUCCGGACUCUCCAAAGCACCGUGUGUCAUCUUUUCUUCACACAAAGCCAGCACCACCGAAAGCACCUGGCUCAAUGAAUUACCCAGAGCCUCCACCGUCCAGUCCGACGCCACCGCCGCCUCCAACCAAUGCAAAACCAAAAAGGUCAAGCGGUCCGCCAAUAAAGCUUCCUUUACCAAGAGAUAUAUUCUCAAGACCGCCUCCAAUAAAGACGUCCAAACCUCCUCAUGUCGUUCUACCCAAUAAAGGUAAAAGAAAGUCAAGUCCUUUACCACCACCGCCUAUGUCAUCACGGCCUUUGCCGUCACCUGUGCCUGCUGGUUUCCCGGCUCCACCUCCACCAACUGGCUCAAGAGAUUUUCCGUCGAAUUCGGGACCAAGCCUUCCCGCUCGUCCAAUGCUAGAUUUACCAUCGAGGCCACUACCUCCACCCAAUGCAAAUAUGAGAGCGUCACCUCUCCCUGCACCACCACCGGAGCCCAUACAAGAUGAAGUUUACGAUGAUCCAAACCAGGGUCCACCUUUACCACCACCACUGUCUAUGUCCGGAGCUCCACCACUGCCACCCGGAUUCAGGCCACCUAUUACUUCAAAUCCACCUCCGCUAUUGAAGAAAGAAUCGUCAGGAUUAAUACCUACUUGGAAUGAUGAAGAAGAAGCAAUUUAUGACGAAACUCCGGACGAACCUCCACCGCCCGCUCUACCUCCAGCUGGAUUCCCAAUGCCUGGAAGUCAACAAAUACCAGCGGACGAUGGUGAAGAUAUGUACGAAGAUUUAGACGAAUAUAUGAAAUUGAAAUUACAAAAAGAAGAACAAAAAGGAAGAUCGGCUAAUGGGAGUAUUACUUCAAACGAUGCAAAAGAGAAAAAAGAAAAAGAUAGGAAGAAAAAAGAAGCGGAAAAGAAAGAAAAGGAGAUCAGGAAAAAAUUCAAAAUUGAAGGCGAUAUCGUACCCGAAGGCUACGGCGUCGUGAAAGUAAAUUGCAAAGGUUCUGGGAAAAAUCUCGGAGUGACUGCGGGAGAAAAUAUUGACGUCAUCAGGAUGGAAAACAACUCGAAGGGAAAAUGGCUGAUAAGAAACGCACAAGGGGAUUAUGGAUACGUCGAUUCGGACAAAGUAACAAUCAAUAUUGACCAAUUGCGUAAUCAAUUCGGCGUUGGAAGUCGCGCUCCUUCGGGUAUGGUCGGAGGGCCACCUGUACCUGCCAUUAUACCUACAAUGGACGAUGACGACGAAGUCAUAUACGAUACGACUGCUGAUGAAGAUGUAUAUGAAGAAUUAUAAAGUUUUUGGGUGAUCCGGAAAGAAACGACUUCCUUUUCAGUAUAGAUUGUUUAAAACUGAUUUUAUAUUCUUCAAUCAACUGAACUAUGUUGAAUUGGUAAAUUACUCAAGUUGUGAAAAACUUGCUGCAGGCCAUUCAAACAUAUUAAUAUUAUAAAGCUUUCUUCAAUGUGCAAUCGCAAAAUAAUUAUAUAUGCUUCUAAACUUCAAAUGGAAUCGCGAAGAAUCCAGCUAUAGACUUCAGUUUUAAAUCUGCGUCGAUUGUUUAUUACUUAGCAUAAGCCAUCGAACUUCAAGUCAGUUUUCGAUAUGUGUGUCGGAAACAAUGUCUUAUGUACUUCAGAUAAAUAUUGCGGACCGAUCCUGUAAUGAUUCACAGAUACUACCGUUCUUUAUACUAGGAAGAUUGCAAAUGAGCAAUAAUGCCUACAGAAUAACACUUUAAUUGGAACGAAAAUUAUUUAAAAAAGAAACAUAGGUGGACUGAUUCCAAAAAUAGACACACACACACAAUAAAAGAAAUAGAUUAGACCAGAUAAAACUUCGAUAAGCAACUGAGAUAGGGUAAAAUAAAAUACCUAAAUUGAAUUAUUGAAAUUGAAUACCUAAAUUAAAUUCAUUAUGUGAUUACUCAUUUCUAUCUAGUAAUAUAAUUUUCACCAUAAAGGCUUUUUAGAUCGGGUUUUCCCUUGAAUAUGCAGGGAUGUUAUGCGGUGAUUUUUUUAUUUCGUUUCUUUUACUUCUAUUACGUUUACGUUGAUAAUUCGUUAUUAUAUUUUAAAAUUGUAUAUUGAUAUGAAUGCGGCAUUGACCGUACGCAUACAAGACACAAUUUUACACUAAAGUUUCUUGAAAUGUGUAUGCCUUUAUCCACUCAAUUAUGAAAUAUCCAAUAGCAGAUUGUUUGAACUGUUUUUCUAUUUUUUAUUUCGUUCAUUUAUUUAUUCCGUGUGUAAUAUUUGCAAUAUUCUAGCAGAAUAUUUAAGUGUUAAGAUGUUCGGUAAAAGUGGAAAUCUAGAAUUUCCAGAAUGUUAUGGUAAAAUGAAUAUAAAUCAAGUAAGAGGUUAUGAAAACAAAACAAUAUUUAUGUUUAUUUUCGAAAGGUGGUAUUCUAAUCAUUUUUAAGUUUUAAACAACCAAUAUAUUGUUAUACUUUUUUAAUGAUUUAAUCGUCCUAACGAUUAUUACGAAAUUCGACUGUUAUCAGGUCUCGAUUUGUUUGUUUCUCCGAGCGAAUAUUUCAUCGAGAUUUUAAUAUAUAUAAAAAAUUACUGUAAAGAAGCAGCCACUAUUUACUAAUAUACGUAGGAAUGAAUAAUUUUUCAACAAUACCUGUUCGGUUCCGCUUAUCCGCUUUUUCAUUCAAAUAUUUGUUGCCGUUAGAAUAUAUACAAUUUCAGUCACUUUUUCAGUCAUUUUUAAUUUUAGUGUAUGCUUGCCUAUAACAAGGACCUGAAUGCAUAUUAAAGUGGAGAAGUUUUUUCUAAAAGUGUUGCAGGCACCACUGAUAUGCUAAGAGAAGAUUGAUCUAUGUUAUUAGUAUUUCAAUGUGAGUUGAUACUGAGCAUUCCUUCCCGUAUUUAUUUUCCAGCUUAUUAGUGAAAAACAUGACUCUUUCGUAUAAAACGACAGAAUCUUUAAAAAGACAAGAGGGAGAGAGAAAAAACAUAUUUACCCGUGACUAUAUUAAUUUGGAAGAAACUAAAUAUUGUUCAAAUUUUAUUAUUUAUCGUUCUAUGCAUUUUCUCUGUACUAAGUAAGGUUAUUAAUAUUAUUAUCAUUGAAUUUGAAUGAUGUGUUGUUGAUGAGUUACUGUAUCUGUUUUAAGAGCUAAAUAUAAAAAUAAAAUUUGUAU